CGACCCGCCUCCAACUCAAAACUCUGCAGGUCAAUUUAGAAAGAACGUCAAACCAUAUUUAAAGAGUUUAAUGUUAGUCCGACCUGUUAAAGUUAGUAAAAGAAAAUGUUAAUAUUCGGCUGUUUGUGGUGACUUCAGGGUCACCGGAGCAUCAACAUGUUGCGUUCAAAGUCCACGUUGUUGUGGCUGCUCGCUGUUGUUUUGACAGCUCCGGUGAGUGAAGCUGCAGGGAAACCGAAACUGAUUGGAGACGGGGCGGCCUGUGAGCUCAGCGAUAACGCGCUCAGCUUGAGAUCCAGUAAAGCCUCCUCCCCGGACGGCCCGGAGCCCGGAGACCCCGCGGAGGCGUUCACGGUCCCGACUCUGGACGGAGAGUUCUCCUACCGGCCCGGAGCUCUGCGGGGACCCCUCAUCAUCCACGCCUUCUCCAACAAGUCCGGCUUCCUGGAGUGCAUGUGGAGCUCGGAGGCGUCCCUGAGCAGCCUGGUGGAGGAGCUGCCCAGCAGCACCCAGGUGCUCCUCCUGUCCCUGGACGAUUCUGCGGCCAGCGACGUGCUGUGGAUGAGGGAGCAGCUGCAGCGGGUCGCCCUGCUCAGGAAUAAGGAGGUUCUGUCCAGGCUGCACUUCUGUCCGGUGCCGGUCUUCGCUCUGGGUAACUGGAUACCAAACGUGCUUUACUACUGGCGCUGCAAGGCCCGCAGCUGUGUCUUCUCUCAGGCCGUCUUCAAAUCAGAGGGGUGGAAAAUCCCAAUAAUCAUCAAGAGGCUGGACGCCCGGGCCGACUGGCUCAUGCAGCGCUGGGAUAAGAAGUCGUACCGGCUGACGGAUGCAGGUGACGGCUGUGAACCUUCGGCCUCGGUGGGAGGCGCUGUGGCCUGGCUGUCUGAGGGCAACUGCUCUUUCUUUACUAAGGUGGAGAACAUGGCCAAAUCCAACGCCUCCGGUGUCCUGGUCUACGCUCUGCCCGGUAAUCCGAUCCAGGACAUGAACUGUGUCGAGGAUGAAUGCAACACGACGCUGAACAUCCCUGCAGCCAUGGUGCAUCGGGAGGAUUCGUUUGUUCAGGCGCUCCAGUCUGGACAGCAGGUGUUCGUCUCCUUCCAGUAUACUCCGUCCCCAAACUUCUUCUUUGGUAUCGACCACCAGGGGGCGCUGGCUGAGACCGGCUGGUUUAUUUACCCUUCGUUCAGCUUCGUCAACUGGCAGGCUCAGUGGUUUGAUUUCUCUGCAGAUCUGCAGAACAAACUCCAAAGUCCUGCAAAGGUUGUUUCUGUUUUUAACAAAGUCCAAAUGCAGGGCGAGAAAGGAGCGGUGGCCACCGUCGACCUGCCGCCAGCCCUGUCGGCCUUUGACACGCUGGAGCUGGAUGCGUCCCUGUCGUGUCCCGGCAGAAGAGACUCGUCCUGCGCUCACUGGGACCACACAGUGCGACUCUUCGUCUGCUGCGACCCUCUGGGCCCACACUGCAACACGGAGCUGGGCCGCUGGAUCACCGCCUUCCGCAGAGGCACUGGCCGCUGGCUGACGGACGUGUCUCCGCUGCUCCCCCUGCUGGACAGCAGCAGAUGCACGCUCACCAUGAAGACGCCGCCCUGGGCGAUGCCGUGGGUCGUCUCCCUCAACCUGAGGUUCAGCGUCAGCAAUCACACAGAUAAUGAUGCAGAGAAGCUCCGCCCCUUCAGAGUGAAGUCACUGUUCAGCGGAGGGACCUUCAACAAAAACUACAACAAGAGAUUCAAGCCGGUCAAAGUGUCGGUGCCGGCAUCAGCGAAGAAGGUGGAGCUGUAUGCCGUCAUCACCGCCCACGGCGAGGACGACAACAACUGUGGAGAGUUCUGCGUCACCUCCCACCACUUCCUGAUUAACAAUGUUUAUAACAACACGCUCACAUUCGAUUCUGCAGGAACGCCUCUGGGCUGCACGCUGCGGGUGAAAGACGGCGCAGUACCGAACGAAGCCGGUACGUGGCUGUACGGACGAGGAGGCUGGUGUGACGGACUGCAGGUCGACCCCUGGAGGACCGAUAUCACCAAACAGCUCAACAUGAGCAAGUUUGAACCCAACACUGUGGUCUACUUCGGCUUGUUUGAAGGGAAGGAUCCUAAACCCUCUAAGGAUCCGGGAUACAUCAUCAUGUCUUCUUUUCUUGUCUUUUACAAGUGAUGCAACUCUGUGAAACUCUGCAUUUUGAAUGAAGAUAUAAAUUAAUGUGUUUGUGAGUGUGAAAUCAAAGUCCAAAGAUUAAAUUUCUAUUUUUCCUA